CUGCCUCCUGCCCCCUACCCUCCCUUGAACUCCAUGAAUAGUUAUAACUUAGAACACUGAGAUAGUUAGAUCGGGGGAAUUCAAGAUGGAGCUUGCCAUAUCUGCAGUAACAGGUGAACUCGUGAACCGAUUCAUCUCCUUUCUCGUCAACAAGUACCACUCCAGCCGCGCAUGCUCUGAAGAGAAGCAGCUGAAAAGGCUACAACAACUCUUGCUGAGAAUUGGCAUGGUCGUCGAGGAGGCGGACUCGCGAUACAUCACCAACUCAUGUAUGAUCAUACAGCUGAAGAAGCUAGCGGCAGCCAUGUACCGAGGCCACCAUGUGCUUGACACCAUCAGGAACAUGAAACACAAGAAGUUCUCGGAGGAACUGGUAUGCGACUCGUCCGCCUUAUCUGUUUAUACUCCUUACAAGCGUUCUCGCACAAUCGGUAGUAGCAGAGCAACAAACAUGGUUAUCAACUCCGAGUUACAGAGUGCACUGCAAAACCUAGAGGCUGGUGUUGCUAACAUGGCAGAGUUUGUUGUGCUUUUGGGUGGAUGCGAGCGCAUCUCCUGCAGACCCUGUGACGCCUAUCUUUACAUUGACAACUUCAUGUUUGGUCGGCAUGUCGAAAAGCAGCAGCUCAUGGGGUUCUUGCUGGAACACAACUCCCCUGGUCCUCCGGCCAUACUUCCUGUGAUUGGUGGCAAUGGAGUUGGGAAGAAAACUCUUGUCGCCCAUGUGUGCAACCACGAGAGGGUGCGCUCUCACUUUUCUAUGAUUUUGCACCUGAAUGGAGAUGAUCUCUCCAGAAUAACAGAGCAUGAAUGGACGUCAGGGAGGACAUUGGUGGUUAUCGAGUUUGUUUCAGAUGUAAAUGAAGAUGAAUGGGAGACAUUUCAUCGUUCUAUCACGAACUUGGACAGAGGAAGCAAGGUGGUCAUCUUAGGCCGAAGCACGGAACUUGGGAAGUUUGGUACAGUCAAGCCUAUCUCUCUGGAUUGCCUGGCAUUCCAAGAGUACUGCUACCUGUUCAAGACGCUCGCGUUCGGAAGCGCGAACCCGAGGGACCAUUCGCGGUUAGCGGCAAUGGUGGAAGAGUUUGCCAUGGUGCUGGGAGAGUCACUCAUCUUAGGAAACUUGCUCGCAGAUGCGUUGAGGAAAAACCUGAGCACCCGGUUUUGGAUGUACAGAUUGAACUGGGCCAGAGAUACCGUCAGGAAGAACAUGUCUAGUUUUGGCGCCCAUCCGCAUGAGCUUUUUAUCCGAGGUUGCCCCGUGCACCUGAUGGGUCGCCACAUUUUGUAUCCAGCUGCUCCAUCAAGUAUUGUAGGGUCUGCUAACGGUAUGGCCAGUUUCCCAGAUGAAGAUCUGCCUAGGAUUAUGUUUGGGGACUUGAUAGCAACAGCAGGUCACACCGUUUUUCCCAGAGGAGAUUUUAGGCUAAUUUCAUGGGAAUCAAGGCUACCACCUUACACUUCAUUUUCUCACUUGGUGCGGUCUGCUUCAAGUUGCGUCGAUGAUAAGCCUGAAGCACCCUUGUCAGGGAAGAAGCGUCCGGGUCAAUUUGCCUAGUGUUGUGGACUUGUGGUAGUACAACGUACGUAUUUGGGUAGCACUUUGAGACUUUCAGAGUGGUGCUAUAGUUUUUUUUUUUUUUUGACACAAGAGUGGUGCUAUACUAAUUACAUAGAGUGCUAAAGAUGUGUUUAUCUCGCUACAUUAUCUCUCUUAUUUAACAAAGAUUGUCUAUUGUAA